AUGUACACUCAACCGCCACGUUUCAUGUGCUUCGAUGCAAGAGUAAGUUGGGCUAACAUUUAUUCCUAGAGCCUAGAUACAAUAAUGAUAUUUCCUUAUCGGAAAUUGAAUUGUUAUCAAGAAUUUUUUAUCACUAGACAAAACACGUUAAUUCUAGAUAAAUUCUAGGACGUUUUCUAGAGAAAGUUAUGAAUCUAGAAAUGGAAUUUGCCACGUCAUAACUCGAAAUGAUUUCUAUAUAUUUUCAGCUCGUCGUAAUCGUUCUUUGCGUCGUCGGAAUUGUCGGAAGCGUUGUUCAAACAUUCAAAGAAGAAGAAUUUUCGAUGAAAUUCGCGACCGCUUUUUCGAUUUUGUUCGAAAUCAUCACAUUGGUCGGAGCUGUUAAGAACAAUGUUGUUGCUCUUCGAAUCUCGCUUUAUAUAUCGGUAAGAAUUUUCUAGAAAUCAAGGGGAAAUUGGACUCCGAGAGAAGUACACACGAAUAAAAUAUGUGUGCGAUAGAGCGAACUUGAUUAUUUUUAAGAUAAAAACACCAAGUACGCAUUAAACUUUGUUGAGCAUGUGAUUAUUCAUGAAAAACCACCUGCUUAUUUAAUUCAUAGUUUCGCUUUCAACUACGGUAGAUCUAAUCAUGAGAAUAAAGUGAAAAGGGAGAGUGAGAAAGACAAAACAAAAAUUUCAUGUUAGGGUAAAUUUAAAGUAGGGACUUUCUAACGGAUUUGUAGAGCUCGGCGCACUGAAAACGAUGCUGCUAAAAUAAGUUUUCUCAAAAAUGAAUUUUUUUUGCAGUUGAUCAAUGCGAUCUUCUUGCUGAUGACAAUCUUGGUUGUGCCAGUAAUCUUCGCAAGUAUGGCUGCCGCUGGAAUCACUCCAACUUUCAACGAAACCCAAUUGGAACAAGAAUUGGCAAGCCUUCGAAAUGACUCGAAACAAGAGCGACACGAACAUUUCGUGCAUGGUUUGGUCGCCGGAUACACUAUCGAAUUUUUGACUGCCAUCGGAUUCGCUUGCGCUGUUGCCAAAUACGUUCUCAUCAAUCGUGUCUUCGUCUACGCCAAAGCUAUCGAAGCAUCUUCGACUUAUGCUUAA